AUGUCCGACGCGGAGCAAUAUGAGCCGCCUGCCAAGAAAUCACGAGUGGAUGCAGCAGAGGAAGCGUUUAGAAAGGCGGAACAAGAUCUCGUCCGCAGCGCGAGCGAGAACCCCAACUCCAAUUUGGUGCCUGUCUUGCGACAGGUUGUAGACAGAGCAUGGGAGACCCUGCAAUAUGAGCGAGAACAGGCAAAGCAGUCCGAGGUUCUCACAGCAGACAAGGCAUGUCAGCAGAUUGUGCAAGGCAUCGCAGAGGGCAAGAUUUCUUCGCCAAAACCAUCAGAAACCCCAAAGAUUGUCGAAGACCCCCGCACGAAUGCAAUCGAAAUCAUGCAGAACUACAUCCGCGAUUCCAUCGAGGGCAAGAACAGAUAUGGGACCCACUCCAAGUUCCCGAUCCUCGGCACGUCGGGCAUGAAAGGCAUCGGCAAAACGACGAUGCUCGAAUAUGGACUCACCAAGGUGUUGCCAGACCUGAAGAUGUCGGCGAAGGGCGCAUACCUCACCUUCAAUGGUGGAGCUGGCAGGAGUGCAAACGUGUUUUGGGAAUCGCAGAAUCAGCAAGACACUGUUCUUCGUAGCAUUGGGCAUGUUCUCAUGGCAAACCUGAAGGUGGAAGCCCAGCAGUAUUCCCUUCUGGGCUUUGAGCAAUGCCUGAACCUCUUUCGCAAGGCACUCGGCAUGUCUGAGGAGGAGUCGUUGGUGCUCUUCAUCGACGAGAUCGGCGAGUUGAAGCAGAAGGCUGACGAUGUUUUGAGAGCCUUGAUGACUGAAGCAGAUGAUCGUGGAGGCAAGUUGGUUUUCGUCUUUGCCCACAUCAGUCAGCAGUUUUUGGACCACGCGGCAACUGGAAGCGGUCGGAAAGUCAUUUCAUUGCCGCUCGAGGCUUUGCCCAUCGACACUUGGAAGCAGAAGAAGGACUGGAAGGAGGCGGCUCGAGAGCAUGCAGGCAUUCACCAACUCCUUCUUCAAUGCUGUGGUCAUCCAAGGUCAUUGUAUGACGGUCUCAAUGACGCGAAGAAUCAGAACUCCAAGUUGCUCUCCAAUCCGACAGAAGAAGCACUGAUUAAAGCACGGGGGCACAUCAUCACUGAGUGCAAGUUCAACUCUGAAAGCCGUGAGCGUUUGAACAAAGACAUUCCACGGUGGUUCAGCCUGCUUGAAGACUCAGACUUGAUGGCUCGACUUGCUCGCGAUGGUCUUUUAUUGAAGUUGCCACACGCAGAUGCACAGUUCUUCCCCCCACUGAUUUUGCAGGACUGGGCUGAAAAGAGUUGCAGGACUCCGCUGGGAUUCCAUCUGCAACAGGCUUACGCCGCUGACGCAGUGCUUGGUCUAGACGCCGAGAAGAAGAUGGAGCCAUUGAUGUAUCACUACGAAGCCGUGUUGAGGAAG